GGUAAAAAAGUUAUACGCUGGCAGCCCUAUUUUUUUGUUUGUUCUGUUGGCAGCUUUGUCAAGUUCACGCUGUAGUCUAGCUGACAAUUUCUUUUCCCAUCUGUAGCCGACUGGUGUCGUGCUAUCCAAAUGGGUAAACCGAGGGGAAUCCGCACGGCGCGGAAGCACGUGAACCAUCGCAGAGAGCAGCGAUGGGCAGACAAGGACUACAAAAAGGCCCACAUGGGGACGAGGUGGAAGGCCAAUCCCUUCGGUGGUGCAUCACACGCUAAGGGCAUCGUCUUGGAAAAAGUUGGUGUGGAAGCCAAACAGCCCAACUCCGCCAUCCGCAAGUGCGUGAGGGUGCAGCUGAUCAAGAACGGCAAGAAGGUGACGGCGUUCGUGCCCCGCGACGGUUGUCUCAACCACAUCGAGGAGAACGACGAAGUUCUAGUGGCAGGCUUCGGUAGGAAAGGUCACGCCGUCGGUGACAUCCCCGGAGUCAGGUUCAAGGUCGUCAAGGUAGCCAACGUAUCCCUCCUAGCCCUGUACAAAGAAAAGAAGGAGAGGCCAAGAUCGUAAGAUGGUGAAGAUCAGUUAUAACCUGCGGCUGGGUCCGAGACAGAGGUUGUAGGUUAAGUGAUAAUCCGUAUGUAAGAAUAAACUGUUCUACGUACUACCAAAA